GGUAUACUUUUAUUCAGCCUGAAAAUGAGUUUGAAUUGAAUCUCCCAAAGUGGAUUAAAUAUUAGCACAUCACCAACACAUGGAAAAUCCAGGUUCCCAAACUUUUGAGGGAGAGUGUAUAUUACAGACGAAGUUAAAUAGCCACAGUGCUAACUAGUUCUCACAAUAUUGUUGAGAACUCGGAUAAAUAACUUAAUUAAACAAGGUUAAUUGGGAUUAAGUAGAUGAAUUAUGAGGACCUUACAGAAAUUCAUAGUUAUUUUUGUUAUUUUCAAUUCGAUGCUAUUGUCAUACUAUUUCUUUUUCGUAUCUCAUAGAUUGGUAAAGCAAACACCAAACAUUAGGGACAACGAUCGGAUACUUAUGAAUGAUACCGGAAAUGCAAAACAUGAGAAGUAUGGAUCUAACGAAAUCUUCAGAACGUUCACGGUUGACAAAAUGCCAGAUCAUAUGAGGGAAACUAAACCGCCGAAAACGAUAAUUAAAAUCAGAAAUGAGACCUUUACACGAAAGGAAAAUAAUGUGCUGCAUCCUUUAUUCAUAACAAAUUGUUCAUUAUUACCAAGGCGUGUGCCCGACUCGAUGUUCAGCGACCUCUAUGAAAUGCUAGCAGAACUAGAUCGUGCUUUCAAAAAAUAUAACGUCACCUAUGUGUUAAUGGGUGGGUCGCUACUUGGUUCGUAUCUCUUCCAUGACAUUGUCCCAUGGGAUGAUGACAUUGAUCUUAAUACUGACCAAAGAGAUUAUGAAAGGCAAAUGUUGGCUUUUCAGGAGUUGGUAGAGACGGGCAGAUACGGCAUCCAUAGUAGGACAGACGGACGAAACAUAUACAAAGAAUUUCAGUGUGGCAUUCAAAGAAGAAACUUCUCUGCUUGGAGAGAAAUUUGGAACAAUGGAGACACUUCCCUUUUCCUUCAAGCAAAGUUUUACAAAUGUUCUUCACCUCUGGCUAGGAAACCUUUCCAAUGGAGAUUGCCAUUUAUAGACGUUCAGCUUUUUGUAAACAAUGGAACACAUGUAUGGGAACGUAAAGUUUUGAAAGAAUACAUCAGUAUAAACGACUUUUAUCCGAUACACAAGCGUCCAAUUAGCCGUGGCUGGUACCCUUCUAUAAGAAACCCUGUGUCUUUUUUUAAAGCACGAUAUGGUGUGAAAAAGUUCCAGUGUGAAUAUUAUUGGUACAAUCACAUGGAGGAGAAGCAAACAGAUGACAGGAAAAAAGUAAAGUGUUCGGAUAUAGCAAACUCGUGUUAUCCAGCUGUGAAAAGAAGCCGACAUGGCGAAGGAGCCAUUGAAACAUUGAUUUACAGAAAUGUAUCUUUGCAUUCAGUUUUUAUUCCUGAAAUACUAGAGAAAGAUCAUAUAGAACCAUUAUCAUACAAUUAGUAAAUGGUUUUCGCCCCUUGAGUUUUAGAAUUGACAAAAUUACAUUAAAAUAGAUACUUUUGCUUUUCGUUGAUAAAUCAAAAAGCAACCAUAUCCAAAUUGAUACAAGGGCAAUUCAAAACACUUUCUAAACUUUCCUUGGUAUACUUUGGUAUGAGGUGUUUAUUAUUCGAUUACGACCCCCUUCCAAAAACAAUAUGUUCAACACAAAGGUGCAACAAAUUGUUCAUAGUUAUUUUAUGAAAUACGAGAUUCAUGAAUACAUAUGGUAAGCUUUAUUAUGAGCCGAAGUGGUUUAACGAUUCCUUGACA